GCAAUAUUUGCGCGCAUAAUAGAUGCACUCGGUUCAAAGAAAAUCUUGUUCCACUCUUGCAGUGCAAUAUGUCGUGAAGAACAAGUGGAUCGUGAGACCGAAGUCAAUCUUCAGCCAUGGAUGUGACUUCUGAGAAAAUACCUAUUGCCAUGGCGGGACCAGAGGACUUGCAACAGCUCAUGCCCCCAGCAUACACGGCUGUGACCGUAAAGCCCUCGAGCUCUGGACGUUUAUUGAAGAUUGGUGUGGCGGCACUGACGGUUGGAGCUGCGUUACUUCUAUUCGGAGCAAUCGGCGCUUUCUACUUUUGGAAUGUCAAUGAUAAGCAUGUGUACAAUGUCCACUACAGCAUGAGCAUCAAUGGCAAAGUAGAGGAGGGCUCCAUGGAGAUUGACUCGCUGAACAACUUGGAGAGAUUUAGAACAGGAAGCGGCAAUGAUGAGGCCAUUGAGGUCCACGAUUUUCAGAUAGGAAUUACUGGCAUCCGCUUUGCUGGAGCAGGGAAAUGCUACAUCAAGACCCAGGCCAAAGGUCACCUUCCGAAUGUGGACUCUCUAAAUAAGGAGUCGCUGACGUUUGACUUGGAGGAUGAGAUCAUGCCUGCCAAGUUCGAGGAGGAGUCUCUUAUCUGGGUCACGGCUGAUCAGCCGCUCAAGGACAACAGCUUCCUCAGCACUAAAAUCCUGGACCUGUGUGGAGACCUGCCCAUCUUUUGGCUCCGCCCCACCUACCCCAACGGCGGGCAGAAGAAGAGAUCAGUGCCGCGGGCCAGACGACAGGCUGAGGAGGGUGAGGAAGAGGAGCCGCUGUUCAACCCGGAGAAUCCAUACCACCGUACGGAGGGUGAGGAGGGCACUAUGACCUUUGACCCCAUGCUGGACCACACCGGCGUGUGCUGUGCAGAGUGUCGCCGGAGCUACACCCAGUGCCAGCGCAUCUGCGAGCCCCUAGGUGGCUACCACCCAUGGCCAUACCAUUACCAAGGCUGCAGGGUGGCCUGUCGUGUGAUCAUGCCCUGCUCCUGGUGGGUGGCUCGCAUCAUGGGCCUGGUCUAAAGCUCCUCACCAUCAAGAUACCUACAAAGAAGGGUUGGAUCCAGCAUGGAUGGCCUACUCUCAGUAAAUGGCUUGUGCCAGAAAUGACAUUGCUAUGAAGAUCACCAUUACGCAGUUUGCUAAACGAUGGCUGUAUGAGUUUAUUGUAUCCAAUUGCAUCAGCAUCAGGGGACAGAUAAGAAUGACAAGAAAGCACAAGUUCAUGUGCAGUACACUGUGUACAAGUUCAUUUAACAACUUCUUUGAAAAUAUGUAUUUUGUUUUCAGCUUUACAGAAAGGUUUGCUCAGUAUCAAAAAUAUAUGAACAUUGUAUAAUUAAAGAUUUUCAAAAGACAGCUUUUUUUUUUUCAUUAACUGAAUAGAAUAGCAAAUGUAUAAAAAGGUGCACAACAAAAAAAAAUGUUUUUUUCUUUUGAUGUAAAUACGUGUAAUAAUUUGCUAGCCUUAAGAGGACUCAACAGCUGAAUGAAUGCCAGCGUGAGAUAUUUAAAAUAGGUUUCCCAGUUUGAAAUCAUGCCAUUUCUUUGAAUAUUGCUUUUCAUGCAAUAUAAAAAAUUUUUUUUUUCCUCU